GACGCAAGCGGCGUCACCGUCUCCAAGGAGUGGUUCGGGGCACCGGUUUCAAAGUCGCAGGGCGGGCCGAGUGGACUUCCGCUGCUGGCCUGGGGCUUCCCAGCCGUGUUGGCGUCGUCUUCUCCAACCCACGCCGCUCCGCGUAGAACACCGCUCUCAGGCUGCCCUCCAGCUCCCGCGGCACUCUCCUAGGUGGCCCGACGAGACCCAGAGUGACCCUCGGGACGCCUGUAUCGAGCAAGUCCUCUUCCCACCAGGGUGGGAUUCGGUUGAACGUGGAACAGAAUUCACCUGGCGCGCCCCCAGCAAUCUUCAGUCUCUCUCCAGGGCCUGGAACUCGUCUGGGGCGCGGGGGAAGGAAGCGUGGCGGGGCUGUAGAUGCCGCGUGAGUAGGAUGCAGAUUGCACCGCUGGAGCGCUUGACAACCAACCGAGUGUUGGCUUAGUUUUGUUUUCCCGCACAGCAAGCUCUGUGUCUUUCAGAGGAAGGUAAAGGUGAUGAAAACUCCAAACUAAAAUUGUAUCGAAAUGGCUACAGAAAUCGACUUUCUGAGAGAGCAAAAUCAAAGACUAAAUGAAGAUUUUAGGCGGUAUCAAAUGGAAAAUUUUUCUAAAUAUUCAUCUGUACAGAACAACUACAGGAAUAAGGAAAUCCAAGAGGACCCACAGACCCUCUGAAGGAAGCAGAUUGCUCCUGCAGGACCCGGGAGACAUCCCAAAUACCAUGAAAGCUGUCUGCCAAGGAGAAGGAGACGACACAUUUGAAAACCUCGUGUUUGACCAAAGCUUUUUAGCUCCUCUUAUAACUGAGUAUGAUAAACAUCUAGGAGAACUAAAUGGGCAGCUGAAAUAUUAUCAGAAACAGGUGGGUGAGAUGAAACUACAGCUUGAAAGUGUCAUCAAGGAAAAUGAAAGGUUGCACAGUGAAUUGAAAGAUGCUGUUGAAAAACAAUUGGAGGCCUUUCCCCUUGGCACAAAGAUAGGAACUGAUACAUAUGCAGAUGAUGAAAUAGUCAGAAACCUUCAAGAACAAUUGCAGCUAGCCAAUGAAGAAAAAGCUCAGGCUGUGGAACUCUGGCAGACUGUUUCUCAGGAGUUGGACAGACUACACAAGCUUUACCAGGAACAUAUGACCGAGGCCCAAAUUCAUGUAUUUGAAAGUCAAAAACAGAAGGAUCAGCUUUUUGAUUUUCAACAACUGACCCAGCAACUUCAUGUUACUAAUGAGAACAUGGAAGUGACUAACCAACAGUUUCUGAAAACAGUAACUGAACAAAGUGUGAUGAUCGAACAACUCCGAAAAAAACUUAGGCAAGCCAAAUUAGAGCUGAGAGUUGCUGUAGCAAAAGUGGAAGAGUUAACUAACGCGACUGAAGAUCUGCAGGGACAGAUGAAAAAGAAGGAGAAGGAUGUGGUGUCUGCCCAUGGAAGAGAGGAAGCAUCAGAUAGGCGCUUACAGCAGUUACAGUCCUGUAUAAAACAAUUAGAAAUAAGAUUAUGUGUGACAAUCCAAGAAGCCAACCAAUUAAGAACAGAAAAUACACAUCUGGAAAAACAGACCAGAGAGCUACAAGCAAAGUGCAAUGAAUUAGAAAAAGAGCGAUAUGAGGCUAUUGUAAGAGCCAGAAAUAGCAUGCAACUCUUAGAAGAAGCUCACCUUCAAAAAAGUCAGGCUCUACUUGAGGAGAAGCAAAAAGAAGAAGACAUAGAGAAAAUGAAAGAGACAGUUUCUCGGUUUGUACAAGAUGCUACCAUAAGAACCAAGAAGGAAGUUGCAAACACAAAAAAACAAUGCAAUAUACAAAUUUCUCGAUUAACAGAAGAACUUUCAGCCCUUCAAAUGGAGUGUGCUGAAAAACAAGGCCAAAUUGAAAGAGUCAUUAAGGAAAAAAAAGCAGUGGAAGAAGAACUAGAAAAGAUUUACCGUGAAGGCAGAGGAAAUGAAAGUGAUUACAGAAAACUGGAAGAAAUGCACCAAAGAUUCCUGGUUUCAGAGCGUUCAAAAGAUGAUCUUCAGAUAAGACUGACGAGAGCAGAAAAUAGAAUAAAACAACUUGAAAUCGACUCCUCAGAAGAAAUAUCACGUUACCAAGAAAUGAUUCAGAAAAUUCAAAAUGUGUUGGAGUCUGAGAGAGAGAACUGUGGGCUUGUCAGUGAACAAAGGCUAAAACUUCAGCAAGAAAAUAAACAGUUACGGAAGGAGACUGAGAGUUUAAGGAAGAUUGCCCUGGAGGCUCAAAAAAAAGCCAAAUUAAAGAUCAGUACAAUGGAACAUGAAUUUUCAGUAAAGGAACGUGGGUUUGAAGUUCAAUUGAGAGAGAUGGAAGACAGUAAUAGAAAUUCCAUUGUUGAACUGAGGCAUCUCCUAGAGACUCAACAGAAGGCAGCCAAUAGGUGGAAAGAAGAAACGAAGAAACUUACUGAAAGUGCUGAAAUUAGAAUCAAUAAUCUAAAGAGUGAGCUGAGUCGACAGAAACUUCAUACCCAAGAGCUGCUUUCUCAGCUGGAAAUGGCAAAUGAAAAGGUAGUUGAGAAUGAAAAGCUAAUUCUAGAGCAUCGAGAAAAAGCCAACAGACUUCAAAGGCGUCUGAGUCAGGCAGAAGAGAGAGCUGCUUCAGCCUCCCAGCAGCUCAGUGUGAUUACAGUGCAGAGAAGAAAAGCAGCCUCCCUGAUGAAUCUGGAAAAUAUUUAAAAAUAUUCAUAGUUCAUUCACAGAACUUUAGAGUUGGGAAAGCAGUUGGACUAGAAGUGUAUUGAAAUGGUAAAGCCUGCAGAGUAUAAUAGUUAAGGCUUGUGUUAUUUUGCGUAAGCAUUGUUAUUCUGUUUUGAGGGUUAUUGGAAAACAGAGCAGUGACCACUUCCUGUAAGUAAAGAAAAUAUAAUCCUAUAUUGAGCUUCAGUGGAGAAUAAACCAGCUGAGAAGAACUCAUUGCCUUCAUCAACGUGUCUGUUUUUUAAUUCCUCCUUUUUCCCUUGAAAGGCUAUAAUAAUUUUCAAACUAUGCAAAUUUCUCUUUCAUAAGAAAGAGUUUUUAAGAAAAUUCUAGAAUUUAAUAUUUCAGUUUCCAAGAUUUGAAAAUUUUACAUCUAAUUGUUACUUCUAACUCAUUUUUAAAGUUCUUAAGUAUCCAUUUUAUUAUGAACUCAUAAAUGUAAUAAAUUGUGCACUUUCUAAAA